GCAGCAAUGGAGUACCCCAGUGUACGGCGUGAUGAUACUGUUGAGGAGCUGCAUGGCAUCAAGGUUGCAGAUCCAUACAGGUGGCUUGAGGAUCCUGACUCAGAGGAGACGAAAGCAUUUGCAGAGGCUCAGAAUGCUGUGACAAUACCAUAUCUAGAGCGAUGCAGCAUGCGGGAGACCAUCAAGGAACGACUCACCAAGCUCUGGGACUAUCCCAAGUACUCCUGCCCUUUUAGGCGAGGUGACCGCUACUUCUUCUUCAUGAACUCUGGCCUUCAAAAUCAGAGUGUGUUGUAUGUACAGGACUCCUUAGAAGGUGAGCCACGAGUGUUCUUGGAUCCCAACACUCUGUCAGAGGAUGGCACAGUAGCUAUCUCUGGCUCAGCAUUCAGUGAAGAUGGGGAGAUUUAUGCCUAUGGCCUCUCUUCCAGUGGCUCAGAUUGGAUCACUGUCCACUUCAAAAAGGUGUCCACAGGAGAAGACUACCCAGAGAUACUACACAAGGUGAAGUUCUCCAGCCUGGCAUGGACCCAUGACCACAAGGGCAUCUUUUAUGGGAGGUACAUAGACCAUGCAGGUGCUGCUGAUGGAACAGAGACUGUGAGCAAUGAAAACCAGAAGCUAUUUUACCACCGUAUUGGAACAGUGCAGGAAGAAGAUGUGCUGGUGGUAGAGUUCCCUGACCAUCCUAAGUGGCGGAUAGGUGCAGAGGUGACAGACUGUGGAAACCACCUGAUAGUCUCCCCACAGCAAGACUGCCGUGACAACCUCCUCUUCCAUGCACCCAUUCCAUCCCAGAUCUCUGGAAAUAUUGAGCUCUCCUGUAUCAUUGAUACUUUUGAGGCAGAUUAUGAGUAUGUGACCAACGACGGCUCAGUGUGCAUCUUCCGCACCAACAAGGGCGCUCCAAACUACCGCCUGGUGAAGAUUGACCUUGCCUCACCCGCCCCUGAGCACUGGAUGACGCUGGUCCCAGAGCAUGAGAAGGAUGUGCUGGACUGGGCCGCCUGUGUGCACCAGGACAAGCUGGUAAUCUGCUACAUAUCUGAUGUGAAGAGUGUCUUACAGCUGCACAGCCUUGCCACUGGGGAGUUGCUGAUAAGAUUGCCCCUUGACAUGGGUACCAUCAGUGGCUAUUCAGGAAAGAGGCACCACUCUGAAAUGUUUUACCAGUUUACCUCCUUCCUGUCACCAGGAAUCAUCUACCACCUUGACCUGACCCAGAAUCCCCUCAAGCCAAAAAUCUUCCGAGAAAUAAAAAUUGAUGGCUUUGACCCGUCAGAGUUUGAGACGCGGCAGAUUUUCUAUCCAAGUAAGGAUGGCACACGAAUUCCUAUGUUCCUGGUACACAAAAAGGAUCUGGGCAGUGGAGGAGAUGCACCCACACUGCUCUAUGGGUAUGGUGGCUUUAACAUCAGCAUCCAGCCCUAUUUCAGCAUCUCACGGGUUGUCUUCCUGCAGCUCUUCAAGGGUAUAGUGGCAGUGCCUAAUAUCAGAGGAGGAGGGGAAUAUGGAGAGGCAUGGCACAACUCAGGUCGUCUCCUCAACAAGCAGAAUGUUAUUGAUGACUUCCAUGCAGCAGCAGAGUAUCUGGUGCGUGAGAAGCUGACACAGCCUUCGCGCCUCAUCAUCCAGGGUGCUUCCAAUGGUGGCUUGCUGGUGGGAGCUGCCAUGAACCAGCGACCAGACCUGUUUGGGGCAGCCAUCGCCCAAGUGGGAGUUAUGGACAUGCUGCGAUUCCACAAGUUUACCAUUGGGUAUGCUUGGUGUUCUGACUAUGGCAACCCUGAUGAGAAGGAACACUUUGAAAAUGUGUACAAAUUUUCACCACUCCACAACAUAAAAGCCCCCCCACCUGGCGCACAGUAUCCUGCCACACUGCUGUUCACCGCUGACCAUGAUGACCGAGUAGUGCCAUUACACUCCUUCAAGUUCAUCUCUGAGCUGCAGUACCGUGUGGGUUGUCUUUCAUGUCAGAAAAAUCCACUCCUUAUCCGUAUCGAGACCAAAGCAGGACACGGAGGAGGCAAACCCACAACCAAGGUGAUUGAGGAGCACACAGACAUCUUCUGCUUCGUCAUGCUUACACUGGGACUGGACCCAUCACCAUCACCCUCAUAGAUGUCUCAACUGACUUCAGUUUGUCACACUUUAGGACUCCUUCUGUGCCUCCUUAAAAAUACUUUCUAUUCUUUACCUGCCUAUAAACCUACCCUCCCCUAUUCCUUACCUGGCUAUACACCUCCCCCCAAAUGACUUUCCUGUAUGUUUCUUUCAUAUCUCUAUCUCCUAGUCCCCAAUCAAGACACUUUUAACUGUUCCUUUAUUCUUAACACUUCUCCCUCCUUCUGGCCUUCAUCUUUGUGUGUAUCUCUUGGCCAUCCACUCAACACCUUUUUCACCAGAGGGUAGCUCGUCCAUAACGGGUACAGUGACAAAGGUAAAUCAGAUGUUCAUCGUACAAAAUUUUUUUUUUAUUUAUUUUUAUCAGUAUAUAUGUGAAUUGUAUUUGAUUAAGGGUUUUGUAGCAUUUUUCCUUUUUAUUUUAUUUUAUUUAUUUAUUUAUUUAUUUAUUUAUUUAUUUAUUUAUUUAUUUAUUUAUUUUAUUUAUUUAUUUAUUUAUUUAUUUUUUCUUACUGAAUUUUAAAGCUUUUCUUCUUUGACAGAAUUUUCUUGGUGUUGAAUAUAUUUUUUUUCAGGCAACUAGGAACAUUAAUCGCUCAAUAUUUGUGUUUGACUAUUUUAUGUCAUUUGGUCACAUUGAGGGAACUGACAUUUUUUUGGUACAUGUUAUGCUGCUCCAUGACUUUAUAUAAUUACAUACAGUUAUUAAUUUAUAUUGGGGUGAUUAUUCAGGUUUGUAUCACAUGUAUGUUUGCCUUUUAACUUGCAGUGUAUUUGUAUGUGUUUUACAUUAAAAAUAAAAAUUCAGGCAUGGAAGAGUCUAGAGGCACUGCCAGGCACUGCCAUAUUGAAGAAGGGCAGGAGUGGCAAGCACUGUAAUUACUGUAUACAUAGUUGCAGGGUGUGAAAUCAGAACAUCUUGAAGAAACCAGAAAUCUUUCCCUCUCUCUCUCUUCAUGGGUACAUCAGUGGAGUUAGUAGUUAAGAAGCUUUGGUUGAUUGGCAUCACAAUAGUGAGGACUUGGACUUGUGGUGCCAAUGCCAAGGCAGUUAAUGAUGUGUGUGAAUUUCUGCUGAAAAGAAUGCUGGUAGUAUGAACAAGAAACUUUUUUAUGUCUCAUUGAUGAAUUACAAUAAAGAAAAUAUGUA